AAAGUCUCACACCUCAUUCCCUCCGCUUCGCUUAAGCCGCUUCCUUCUGUCUUUCCUUUUCCCAUUUUCAUAUUUUGCUUGGAAGCCUAAAUGCAGAAAACUGCUGUAUGGGUAAGUUUAAGAUCUUGUAUAGGUAGGAAGAGAUCCAGCAAAUGCAUGCAUCAAAAAUCAAUGGCUGCAGCUAAUCAAAUAAAGAUUUUAUCUUUCACAACAAAAACAUUACAUUAUCAUCAGAUGGAAGAGCUUCCAUACGAUGAGUGUCAUAUUAUGAGUGUCACUGGGAGCUGGAAUAAGCAAACAGAGACACAAGUUGGGACUAGAAGAAACAAGCAAAUAGAGAUAUUAAGAUUCAACAAAUUUCAGUCUAGAAGGAAAGUUUUCUCUAAUAGGUAAAGUAGUAUUACAGAUGUUUCUGAAUUAGAUAAUUUGCAGAAAAAAAAAAAAACUUUACAGUAUAAAAGAAGCCCUACUUUUUAUUUCUAUUCCUUCAUAUAUGUAGUAGUGAUGACUACAUUUACUACACGUCAUGUAUGUAUUAAUAUUUGAUUAGUGGAAGAAGUUAAACUAAA